AUGGAGGAUGAUCGAGCUACCGUUGAGACGACGGUCUCGGCGGAUCCCCAUCCCGACAACAGUGAAGUCGUACAUAGAGGCCUAGCUUCUCGUGCCUUGCCGAGCUCCAUCAGUUCGAUCUUGCAGAAAAGUGGUCGCCUACUGAAGAGAGGGCAAGAGCGUGAUGAUUGGGGGCUAUGUUCACUUGAAGACUUUGAACAUGCGCUUCCUCCGUCGCUAAAGGAGGGCAAGAAGUCACUAGCUGCUUUGGCCUCUCAGCUUUCCGGCGGUCCCGGAAAGGACCUAGCUCAGCCCUACCAGCUUGCACUUGCUCAGGCUCUUUCGAACGGCUCCAGCGAGAACUUGGUUGGAAUGACGAUAUCCUUACAGAAUCUGCAACCCUUAGAUAGGAGCUCUACGGAGGCGCCUCUGCCUAAACAGGAUCUGCUCGUUACUGGGGUUUUGGGUUAUUACCGUUGGAGUUUGGUUGUGAAUACUGUGGACGUCGAGACCAAAAAGGAGUUUUCUGUUAGUAUCCCCAUCGUGAGUAAUAGCGAUGUCGAUAAAUAUGACGACAAUGGGCUUGAGCAACAAGUGAGGGUGGCGGCUGAGGAAGAGAAGGGGGCACUCCUGCAAGUGUGCGGCAGCAUUCCAGCCAAGUCAGCGGCCUCACAGAAGGGCGUGGCAGUCCCGUACUACACCGGCCAAGUAUUACGUUUGGAUAAUAUUCAUACGACAGGGGAUUUCAAGAUAUUUAACACUGUAUCAGUGAUGGGAAAGGUUGUGGGGGAUAUUAGUAGUGUGGUAUCGAUAGCUGAGGGAUUGGAGCCAAACAUGAAGAAUUAUAUCGCUCAUCGCUUGUUGCAUAUAGUGUUGAAACUUGAGCGUUCAGCAGUUGGCCAUAUGCAGCUUGGCUGGAGGUCCCUUUUCCUGCGUGAAGACGGCUCUUUUGUGUUGGGAAAUUUCUGCAGCUGCGCUCCCUUUGGAGAAGAGAAAUCCCGCUUAAGCGGCCUUGUCCAAUUGAUCCAAGAACCUUCUGUUUUGACUCGCUUUGUUGACUCCAAAAGGCUUGUGCCUGAUGCUAAGGCAAACUUGUGGAAUCUUGGGGUACUUUUAUUUCAGCUCUACACGGGAACUGAGCACCCCUACGCAGAGGUGGUGGGGCCGGGCUGGAGGAGUGAUCCAAGCGCAGCCGCAUUUCAGCUGUUGAGAAUGGAGAUACGUUCUGAAAUGCUAAUCCCGCAAUUGGAACGGUCGAAAGUCCCAUUGAGGUGGGGAGGCCUCAUUUUGCGUCUGCUGGAGCCCCAGAGUGUUAACAGGAUAACUGCCUUCCAACUUGUGCAGGAAUUCCCCGAUCUUAUCGGCCCCCAAUCUGUCGCAAAUGAUUAG